AUGUCUCUAACAAUCGUUCUCACUCCAAAGAGAGAAAUUUUCUCCCAGCACACACACAAUAAUAAACUCGCUUGCAAAGAAAUCUGGUUUGUCAACAGACUCACCUGGAACCUAGCUAAAUUUCUCACUUAUGAUGUUUUCAAGCGACCAUAUGUGCUGCAUCAGGCCGCCUCAUGUUUCAGUUGGUUUGAUAUUCAAGAUAUCGCGAUGCAUAGCUCAUCAGCAGUGCAUCAGCAGUGCAUUCAGAUGCGUCCAAUGUACGCUGGUGGGAUAGUGGUAACACGUCCACCUCGCAUGUCAGGUGUCCGGAGUUCAAACCCCGGCACGGCCAUUGGAUAUGCACUGCUACUGAGGUCUAAGAAGAAAAACUCGAGUCCAGUGCUUCCCUCCCGUUUGGUGCGGAUUCGCAUGAAUAAUUGCGCCAGGACAGAAGUACGACUGUUCAAAACGACAUUUUUCGAGAGACUCAUCUGGAACCCACCUGAAUCUCCGUUUGUGAUGUUUUUCAGGCAAGUGAAUGUGCUGCACCAGGCCGCCUCAUGUUUCAGUCGCUACAAUAUUCGAGAUAUCGCGAUACAUGUAUAUCUUUGUAGUGCGCUACUCAUAAGGUUGCUGAAAAUCCGUCGAUUACCCACGACCCGUUUCGCCCUUUUGGGGUCCCCCGGUGAGGCGCCGACCCCGGGGAUCCCGGGGAAACCCUGA